AUGGAGAUUGCUGGGCUAGUGGAAAUUGCAGGUCUAGUGGGGAUUGCAAGGCUAUUGGGAAUUACAGGGCUAGUGGGGAUUGCUGGGCUAUUGGGAAUUGCAGGGCUAGCGGGGAUUGCAGGACUAGUGGGAAUUGCUGGACUAGUGAGGAUUGCAGGACUAGUGGGGAUUGCAGAGCAAGUUGGAAUUGCAGGGCUGAUGGGAAUUGCUGGGCUAGUGGGAAUUGCAGGAUUAGUGAGAAUGGCUGGGGUCGUGGGAAUUGCAGGGCUAGUGGGGAUUGCAGCACCAGUGGGAAUUGCUGGGCUCGUGGCAAUUGCAGGACUAGUUGGGAUUGCAAGGCUAGUGGGAAUUGCAGUACUAGUGGGAAUUGCAAGGCUCGUGGGGAUUGCUGGGCUCGUGAGAAUUGCCUGGCCAGUGGGGUGUGCAGGGCUAGUGGGGAAUGCUGGGCUAGAGGGAAUUGCAGGACUAGUUGGGAUUGCAGGGCGAGUAGGAAUUGCAGGACUAGUGGGAAUUACAAGGCUAGUGGGGAUUGCUGGGCUAGUGGGAAUUGCAGGGCUCGUGGGGAUUGCAGGGUUAGUGGGAAUUGCAAGGCUAGUGGGGUUUGCUGGGCCAGUGUUAAUGGCAAGGCUAGUGGGGUUUGCUGUGCCUGUGGGAAUUGCAGGACAAAUGGGGAUUGCUGGUCUAGUGGGAAUUGCAGGUCUAGUGGGGAUUGCAGGGCCAUUGGGAAUUGCAGGUCUAGUGGGGAUUGCUGGGCCAAUGGGAAUUGCAGGACUAGUGGGGAUUGCAGGAGUAGUGGGGAUUGCAGAGCUAGUGGGUAUUGCAGGGCUGAUGGGAAAUGCUGGGCUAGUGGCAAUUGCUGGGCUAUUGGGGAUUGCUGGGCCUGUGGGAAUUGCAGGGCUAGCGGGGAUUGCAGGACUAGUGGGAGUUGCUGGGCUAGUGGGAAUUGCAGGGCUAGUGGGGAUCGCAGGACUAGUUGGGAUUGCUGGGCUAGUGGGAAUUGCAGGGCAAAUGGGAAUUGCGGGACUCGUGGGAAUUGCUGGACUAGUUGGGAUUGCAAGGCUAGUGGGAAUUGCAGGACUACUGGGAAUUGUAAGGCUUGUGGGAAUUGCUGGGCUAGUGGGAAUUGCAGGGCUAAAGGGAAUUGCAGGGCUAGUGGGGAUUGCAGGGCUAGUGGGGAUUGCUGGGGCAGUGGGGAUUGCAGGGCUAGUGAGGAUUGCAGGGCUAGUGGGGAUUGCUGGAGCAGUGGCGAUUGCAGGGCUAGUGGAGAUUGCUGGGCUCCUGGGGAUUGCUGUGCUAAUGGGGACUGCAGGGCAAGUGGGGAUUGCAGGGCUAGUGGGGAUUGCAGGGCUAGUGGGGAUUGCUGGGGCAGUGGGGAUUGCAGGGCUAGUGGGGAUUGCUGGGGCAGUGGGGAUUGCGGGGCUAGUUGGGAUUGCAGGGCUAGUGGGGAUUGCUGGAGCAGUGGGGAUUGCAGGGCUCGUGGAGAUUGCUGGGCUCCUGGGGAUUGCUGUGCUAAUGGGGACUGCUGGGCUGUUGGGGAUUGCAGAGCUAGUGGGGAUUGCUGGGCUAAUGUGGUUUGCUGGGCUGGUGGAAUUGCAGAGCUAG